UGCAGCGGUGAACACCUUCUUCGAGGCUGUGGUAUGAAUAUACAGGGUGUAUAGUGCUAGUGCGUUGCGUGCGAUAGCAAUAUGGGACCAAUCUCGCGACCCGUGGGGGUUUUUUGUUUAGUGCAAGUGCUAUGUUUUUGGACCGUUUACGUGCAAGGACACGUCGCAUUGACAUUUCCACCGGCUAGAAAGUACGAUUUGGAUUUCUUGGAUAGUUCGCGCACGAAACCACCAUGCGGAAUGCCAAAAGGCAAUAUUAAGACUUCGUUAUUAGAAGGUAGCAAAUUUAACGUAACCUGGCAUCUAGGAUAUCCUCAUAGGGGAGGGUUUAAAAUUCAAUUAUUAGACUUCUUAGAGAGGCCAGUAUUAGACUUGACACCAACGAUACAAGGCUCCGAAUUUGUAUCGAAUGAUGCCACGGCUCAAUCCUUUCAAGUACAAUUGCCGCACCAAUUUAACUGUGAGAAUUGUACAUUAAGACUGAUUCGACAAGCCCUUGAGUGGGGAGAAAGUUAUAAAUUCUGGUCAUGUGCAGAUGUUGAUAUAUUGCCAAGAAGAAAAUUCAGGGAGACAUGUAGCGGCCAUGGUAAAAAUCUAGUCGGACGAUGUAAAUGUGAUAGACUUUAUUAUGGAGAGAUCUGCCAGUACAGAGACGAGUGUGUCGAAAAUAGUGACUGCGGGGAACAUGGCAAAUGUAUUGAUGUUGGGGGAACCGUUUUUCCAAAACAACAAUGUUAUUGUCAAUUAGGAUGGUAUGGACCAGGUUGUAUUAAACGUUCUGCAGUUAGAACAACUGAAAUCGACUUCGAACUAUACACAGAAAAACAACUAAGCCCAACGUUCCGCCUUUAUUGGAGGAUUCUAAAAGAACACAACGAGCUUGAAGCUGUAUUGGUGGUUAAUGGCACAAGUUACGCUGCCAUAGGCUGGAGGCCAAGAUCCCUUACCAAGAGUUGUAAAAACUUUCCUCUUAUUGGACCUGUUGCCACUUCGAGCUCGGAUCACUCAAAAGCAGAACCAAAACCCAAAAGUGAGCCUGAACCGAAAAGCGAACCAGAACCUACGAGCGUACCAGAGCCCAAAAGUGAACCAGAGUCUAAGAGCAAUGUUGAACCCAAAACAAAACCUGAGCCUAAGACAGUACCGGAACCUAAGAGUGAGCCGGAACCAAAAAGUGAACCUGAGCCCAAGAGCGAACCUGAACCAAAGAGUGAGCCCGAACCAGAGCCUACAACAACUCAGCAACCAUCUAAAUACAGAAAAUCGCUUUACUCCAGACGAUCCGCUUCUCAAUCUCCAACUUUGCGACGUGCUCUCCCUGUCAGCGAUGUUGUAGAGACUAGUAUCUCAUUUCAAGUCAGUAGAAAGCAAGGUCGUAGGAGAAGGGAUGUUGAAACUGUACCAGAACCUACUACCGAACAAGAAACAACGCAAGAGGCAACAACUGUACCUUCUGCAGAACCAGAUCUCACUCCUGCACCUGAACCCGAACCCAAAUCAGAACCUGUUCCAUCUCCUGAACCUACUACCGGUAAACCUAAAUCUGAAACAAGAGCGAGGUUGGAUCUCAAACCUAAACUGAGACUUCAACCAAAAGCUCUUACUGACAACAAACCCAAACCAAUUCCCACUUCAACACCAGAACCAAAAUCUGAACCCGAACCUAAAUCUGAACCUGAACCUACUUCAGUACCUGAACCAAAAUCAGAGCCAGAACCUAAAUCUGAACCAGAACCUAAAUCUACACCUGAACCUUCUUCAGUGCCAGAACCUAAAUCUGAACCCGAACCCAAAUCUAAACCUGAACCUUCUUCAGUGCCAGAACCUAAAUCUGAACCAGAACCCAAAUCUGAGCCAGAACCCAAAUCUGAACCAGAACCCAAAUCUGAGCCAGAACCCAAAUCUGAACCAGAACCUAAAUCCGAACCAGAACCUAAAUCCGAACCAGAACCUAAAUCCGAACCGGAGCCUAAAUCCAAACCAGAACCUAAAUCCGAACCUGAACCUAAGUCUGAGCCCGAACCUAAAUCUGUACCCGAACCAAGCUCUAAUACCGAAAAACUUUCCAAAAUUCAAGUUUCAACCGUUGGAAGUAGUGCAGGACCCGAAAAAGAAGAGCAUCUCAAUCCUUAUACACCGCGCCAUGAUUUUAAUCCCAUGGACUGCACUGAUAUCAUUAUUGGAAGUGCAAGAGGAAAUAAUAGCAGAAUUGCCGAUUAUUACACCAGAGAUCGGUCAACUCCGAGAAUGGACUCCUUUUGGGGAGGCAAAAAUGAUCUUACCACUGCUAUGGGAUUCGAAAAGGAUGGUGUAACUACAAUUCUCUUUAGAAGAAAGCUAGACUCCAAAGAACCCACAGAUCAUGCUAUUGAAAAUGACUUGAUGCACGUCAUUUUCGCUCAAGGUCAAGAACCCGGAAAAUACGUUCACGUGCCCAAAUCUGGAGUCGAAUCUGCAGAGGCAAAAAUAAAGGACUUCUACAAGCCAGACGAACUUAAAUACCACGGUCAUAAAGAACAAAGAGGAGUUGUCAGUUUGAAUUUCUUCGAUGAGAAGAAAAUGAUUGAACCUGCUGGAGUGAUCGCAACAAGUGACACUGCAGAAAAUAGAGACUGUGGUGGAAUUUGGAAGAUACCGCGCCACUGCAAUCCAGAUAAUUACACCUGUGAGUAUUCAGCAAAAUGGGAACUUAUUCCAAGGAAAGAUACCAUCAGGUUUACUAUAACGACUAAACAUAUUGAUACGUGGACCGGAAUUGGUUUUUCGCAUAACGAGAAAAUGUCACAAACUGAUGCUAUAUUGGGCUGGGUAGACAAAGCUGGUCGGCCGUUCUUAAUGGAUACGUGGAUCAACGGUUACUCCCUUCCACUUCUAGAUGCAUCCCAGAACAUAUUUAAUACCUCGGGGAAAAUAGUAAAUGGAGUGACAACUCUAUCAUUCGCUAGAAAGAGGAUAUCUGAUGAUCCGAAAGAUCUUUCAUUUGCCGACGAUACUUGUCUCUUUAUGAUGUUCCCAACCAGAGGCGGAGCAUUUAAUAGUGUGAAUAAGAAAAUAAGAAAACACGAGGUUACUCCAACGGUCUCCACGGAAAAGAUAUGUAUCAGAUCUUGUGGAAAUGAUGAUAGUUUCGACGAAUACCUAACGACAACUGAAGCUCCAGGUCUUGGCUACAGUAUGAAAGUCAAACUAGUAGAACUUGGCGAGAACUUUGAAAUCCCGAAACAAGGAACCAUUCAAUACGAAGAUCUAUCCAAUUCAAUCGAAGAGAGUUUUAAGCCGGUAUUUAAUAGGCUGCCUGGGUAUAGAAGACUGCACAUUGAGCAAAUUAAUAGCGAUCAAAAUAACCUUAUUGCGACAAUAAAUCUCCAGUUGGGAAAACCAUCAGCAGAACAAGGAAGAUUUUUGACUGAAGAUACUUCAGAAAUUGACGAAAAGGUGCACAAGCUUUUACAAGAAAGCGUCGGUUCAGGAAGAAUAGGAAACUUGAAACUCGAUCCCCAAUUUCUCGUUUUUGAACCACAAAGCAUAACCACAAACCUCAUAACAGACGCUUCACCAUCUUCGGACAACUUCUUCAACCUGACCGAAGCCAAACUGUACAUCGUGUUGGGCUGUAUAGCUGCCUUGGUUAUAGUUGCUAUUGUUCAAGCUGGUUGCACGAUCUAUAAGGCCAGGAGUCGUUCAUCGGCCAAUCACAAGGACCACCUAAUCCCUAACUCGGCAUGGAAAGACUAUUCUUCGAACACAAACUACGCUUUCGACGCCUUCGAAACACCCUCAACAGUCACCCUCGAAGAGAAAAAGCACCCAAACGGUAACACAAACGGCACAUCAACCAAACCGACCAAAAGUCGCCACAUCCAACGUCCUCAAACCCGCCCUCCAAGCGUACCUCCAGCAGCACCUCAAGGAGAUACUCGUUCCCUACAACGCCCGCGCAUGGGCAAUUAUCCUCCUACCAAUAUGGACAGAAAUACUUUUUCUCUGCCGAGAACGGUAUAUGACAGGAACCAUUACAACGACAGAAACAGACAAGGACCUGAUAUGCAACCGGCGGACUUUUAUUUUAUGCCCUCGCAACGAAAAUACUCAGGUGAAGUGGUUAGAGUUUACGUAGAUUAUAACAAUCAGCCGAAGUGAAUAUGGUGGUGUACUAACUUUAAGGGACUUUUAAGUUAAUUUCAGAGAUUGCAAAGCGAAACACCAAAGGUAACUUACAGUAGAUCCACUGGAUCUUUGCACAUUGUUAUCACUGGUAUUAUAGGAUAUAAGGCAAAAUAUGAUUGAACACUGAUUAUACAUUUGUUUAUGAACUUGAUUUUCCAAAUUUUGGAAACCUACUGGUUGUCCAAUUACAUCUACAGUAAAUACAUAUUUAAACGAUCGUCUUGUUUUUCGGACAAGGUCUACUUUUGCCUGGCUUUGAAAGAACAUAAUUUUCUUUUCUUUUUAUAAUUGUACAUACUGUCCAUCUUGAUAUUUUUAAUGCAGCAGCUACUCUCUUAAAUAAAUGCUUGAUGAUAUUAUUUUAAUAAACAAACAUACAUUUCAAUAUGUUACCUGAUGAACAAAUAAAAAUGGCUCCAAAGGCCCUCCAUUCAUUUUUUCUAAUUUGAAAUACUUAAACAUAAAUUAUUUAUUGUACUUGAGAAUUCAGUGUUUUUCCAGGCACACUCUACAAAUAAAAACUUUUAAAAAUAUUUCAUAUUACUCCGUUGACGUGGUUUUAGACAUUUUUAAAUAACUAAAUGUCAAUUUAAACUUAAGCUUAGAAUUAAAUUUUAAAGUAUUCGCAAAGAAUAUAGACGCUUAAGCGUCUAUAUUCUUUGGUAUUCGGCAUUAGCUAAUAAAUAAAUUACUACCCUAAUAAAUCAAACACGAACGUGAAAGUCGUAAUAAUAACUGUUUGUUAAAAAAUAGGUAAGUAUAUUCAAAGUACGAAAAAUGAUAAAAUAAUUUAUAAACACACUACAAACGCUGUGAAAACAAAGCUUGUACUUGUCUUUGUUCAAUGUAUUAUGCAUUUGUCUAUAGACAGAUGGCUUAAGUUCACCGAUUUAGUUUCUGUGAUUAGGAAAGAAACGUAAUAUAAAAAAUAAUUCGUGAAUAAUGUCAUAAAUGUGCAAAGAUCCAGCAAAUGGACUGUAUAAGCACAUAAUAAUAAACAAUCAGAAUGCCAACUCUGCUUGUCAAGAUAAGUACGCGCAUCUCGAUCGCGCGGACUGAAUCGGUCAUGUUCUAAACGGAACCAGUACUGUUUAGUGACAUUUUAUCUGGUGUGCAUAGAAAAAUUAACCUGGUUUAAUUUAUUUACAGCAACCAUAGAUAUAAUAUGCACUAUUUUAUCCUUACUUUCAGUUGAAGAAUAGAUUAAAUUAUUUCAAAUUUACUAAAUUAUUAAUCUCUAAAAAUUUAAAUUACAGUUCUGUCGUAGCUUGUCACAAAUUUCUCAACCCGAGUCUAUGUUUCCGUUUUAAAUAUGGCGAUCGCGUGCUGACACACUUCAAAGGCGGCAUCUGAUUGUUAUUUAUACUGUGGCAUAAGUAUAUAAUUGUCCAUUUUAUUUAAAAUUUGUAAGAUAAGUUAUCUCUAAAAGAAACCUUUUCGAUCUUUGAAAUUAAUAUGUUGUAAAUUGAUUCAAAUGUUUAUAGAUUUCGAUUUUUUACUCUGUCUAUAGGAAUGGGACCUUAGUAUUCCUGUCACAGCUCCUUACUCACUUCACCUCUAGCCAGGUUAGUUUCCACAACAGUAACAUUAUUGAGACUGUAUAAUAAGUUGUAUAUAGGUAUGCGGUGGUGAAUCCAUGAAGUACACAUAAAUAUAUGUAAUGAAUUUACUAAUAGGUAAUGUUUACAGAAUUGAUAUUAAAUGAACAAAACAUUUACGGUUUUAUUUUAUUGUUAUAUAUUUUUUUAAACGGUCACUGUACUCACAUCCCAACGCAUAAUUUUGAAAACGUUGCAAUUUUUUCCAAAAGACCCAUCAACUCUUUCAUGCCUGUUUCGUAUUUGUCGAAGAUUUUUAGGUGAUAUAGAACCAUAGGAUACACAAAAUAAUGUUCAGUUAAAAAUAUUCGGAGCCAGUGUCAAGUUUUCGGGUUUUAUUUGCUAUCCUCCAGUGCAUUGCUUCAAUUAGCAGCAGCAAUAUAUGGUGAAAUAUGAAAAACCAUAUAAGGAAAUACCCAGCGUAUAAGGCAGACAAAUUGGAUGGACACAUUAAACAGAAUGAACUUGGGAGUAAGAUGGCGUGAAAUCUCAUCAAGAAAGUCAGUUGCGAUCCCAUUUGGAAGGUGGCAAAAUUGAAAUAAUGGGCUGGUCACCUGGCAAGGAAAACAGAUCAUACGUGGAUAAAAACAUUAUAGAAUGGAUACCAAUACGUGGAGAAAUGAACUAAAAAUAAUUAUAUCCAACUGGUACCUGGAUAGCACAAGUAGAGAAACGUUUCGAGGAGACCUACGUCUCACAUAUACUUACAAACACACUCAGACCACGAUUUUUGUAAAUCAAUUCACCAAUUUUUUAUCAUCUGCUGAUGAAAGGAGAUUAUACAAAUUAUUUUGUUGUUGUAUCAUAAAACAUUUUAAAGCAUUUUUCAUAAAUUCUUUGUUUAAGUUUUUUCAAUAAUUUUCAAAAUUAUGCGUUUGUUAUGAAGAGCAGCAAAUCUUUGAACAUUAAAGAAUAUUUUAGGAAAAUUUGUUAUCUUGUAGAUAGACUAUGUUCCGCUGUAAAAUGUCCACAUAUUUUGAAAAAGGAGGUGUUUAUGUCUUUUCUAGUCUUAAGUUCUAAACAAUAGUUUAACCAGUGUCGUUUGUAUAUUCAAUAUAGGAAGAUAAUAUAAGCUACUUGUAUGUAACUAAUAACAAAGCUAAGCGAUAAUAUAGAUAAAUAUCACAUGUUCUCUAUUCUAUAUAUACAUAAAUACGUACUUUACGUAGGAAAUCACGUGACGUCAGGUUUUGCUAUUUAUUCUAAAUAAAACAAUUUUACAUACUUCAACUAUUUCUAGGAAUCUUUUUGGUCAAUAUUGCAAUAAUUGAUCAGGUACGUAAUUUUUGGAAGACCAUUCUUACAAGAUUUAAACCAAAUUUAGGAAACAAAUCUCUGAGAUUUUCCAAAUAAAAGAAAAGGAAAAAACAACUUUACGAUGUAUAUGCCAGCCACAAAUUUUGAUUUAUUGAUAUAAAUGGCCUGUAUAAUUUAAAUUUAUCAUCAUCAUUCUGGCUUUACAACCCUGGGUUGUUAAGAGAAUUAUCCUCCUCAAGAAUUUCUCUCCAGUUGUCUGGGAUUUAAUUUUAACCCAGUAGUGCCCAGAUUAUUUUUUCGCAGUUUUUAAUGUGAUGCUAAUAUUUUUUUGGGAGCAGUUAUAUUAAAAAACAUAAAAAUAAAUGAAUUUACGCAUUCAGAUUUAUAAAUCACUCAGUAUAUGAUGUUACAUAUAUGUAACGCUAGGAGCUGGGUGCAGAAAAUACAAAAUAUAUCUGUAAACAUUAUUUAUUUAAAAACAGAAAAUAAUGAAAAAAGAAUUUAAACAUUUUGGUUUGUGUGAUAGGUAACGAAACAAUCAAUACAGAGACCUAAGUUACAUUUUUUACACAUCGUGUGUGUUGAACUUUUGCAAAAUCUUCCAUCACGACGUCUUCUUUUGUCGUUUGGAAUUUUAUCCACUAGGUGUUCCAUCAUAUCAUAUCUAAUUUCGUCGGCUACUUUUUGCGCAUUAGUAGAUGGAGAUGAAGUCCUGCCAGUGCCUUUGGGAGAUGACGAAUAUUUCUUCAAAUAAACUUGCACGAUAGCCCUUCAAAAGUCUUUUUGGGACAUCUGAGAAUUGUUUGAUUUUCGAUACAAACACCACGCGUUAUUGACUGAAACAUCAAGAAACCAUGUAAACAAUGUCCAGUACCAUUUUGUUUCUAAUUUGAAUUCUGUACUGUUAACAUUGUGAUCCAUUCGAUCAGUACCACCCAUUUUUUUGUUAUAGUCUGCAAGUACUGCUGGUCUGCUAACUUGUAUGUGUUUUUUUUUCUUUUGCGAAUAACGUCUAACAUUUGCGAUUGGAUUGAUGCCAUAUCUAUUUGAAGCAAUGCAAACUAUGAAAUUAUCGACCCACAGUUACUAGUACAGCAUCCGUCUUACUAAUAGUACUUUCAUAGUAUUCCCUUUCCUUUUUCUGAAUAUCUUUUUUUAGCUAAUAAAUGACAACUCCUAGGUAAACAGUUUUCCCUUAUAGUCCUCGUGCCUCUGUAUCCUUUCAAACUUAAAUAAGACAAUAAACUGAAGAUAGUAAAUAAGUUGUCAAAGUAAAAUAAGAAUGGAAAAGAUUUUAGAUUAUCAAGUAGUUCUUCUAUCAUUUUCACCAGUGGUGAAGCCUCCUUACCAAAGUUUCUUUCUAAGUGAAUAUCAGGAGUUACAGAUUUUGCUUGAUUUUCUCGAAAGCAAUCAAAUAGCCCAUCACUGUAUUUAGGCACCAGACUUUAUAACCAAAUCGUAUGGGUUUGGCUUUUAAAAAUUGCUUGUAGCUAUGUUUAUCGUAGCAUUUGACCAUACUUUCGUCGAAAACCAGAUCUUUUUCAGGAACAAAAUACUUUCUGAACCUGUCCUUCACUUUAUUUAUAUAUGGCCGUAUUUUCCAGAGCUUACCACCCUUAUCAAGGGUGUAAUUUGCUCAAAUCUGUUGCGUCUCAUAGCAUUAUAUACAAGUUCGUUUCUAAAGUUCAUUCGUUCAGCAAAUUCCCAACUAUCAAUAAAAGCACGUGUUGAUGUUCGCCUUCUCAUUCGUCAAGAGGCUAUUAAAUAUAAUUUAUUACCUUAAGCCAGACAGAUUCUCAUGUUACAGAUCCAAACUUGCGAUUUUGUUUAAAUUCAGAUUCUAUCGUGUUGGUUUUUAAGUUAAUAUAUUGUGUGUUAUAUUUGUUACAGUUAUGGUUAAGUUAUUUACUGGUCGUGUUAUUUUUUAGAGUUUAGUUUAAUUGUGAUUUAAUGAUUAAAUAUCAAGAAAUUCUUACACUAAUAGUUUUAAUUAAAAGUAAAUAUUUUUAAGAAUCAUACGAUACACAUCAGUACGACCCUGUUUGGCUUUCACGUGCGUAUGUUGAUAAUUGGAAAUAUGUAAAAUGAAUGUGGUUUAGUGUCAAUAUUUUGCUCCCAAUACAUACGCUUGCUGGAAAGAUUAUUAUAACCACUAAGAAUCAAUAUAACAAUGAAACAUUUAAUUUUCUCUGGCGAGACUCCUGGGUCGGGUAGGUUCUUGAAAGUAGCAUAUUGGUUUGUUUCAUGUACCAGAAAUAAAAUGAUUUCUUCAUCUAUGAACAUUUCGAAUAUAUCCACAACCGAUUUGUUUUCAUAGAGUGAAUAAUCUGACUCAGGAAAUUGUUUCUCGUUAUAUGUUUCUGAAUCCCAAAACCCAAUCACGGGAUUCAGAAACAUUUUCGAUAUACCAUAUGAGCAGGUGUAAUAUCGAUAUCAUUUGUCCAAAGAAAUGUUUCCUUCUAUCGAUUCUGACUGUUGAAUAGGAAUUUCUUCUCCUAGUAUAACAGUUCUAAUUUCUGCAUUGGCAAGUAGCUGAUGUUUGCUCAAAUUGUCGAAAUAUCUGCCCUCGUCCUUAUGAACCUAGGCGCACAAUUUCGGGACCAAUGCUUUAUAAAUGCAAUUUUUUUUUCAAAUCCUGAGGAAAACAAAUAAAUAUUUUUGAAAAAUUUAAACGCAGAUUGAAAGAUUAGGUACAUUAUUACCGAGGGCCGAAAGUUCCUUAGAAUAAACAAAAAGUUUUUUUGAAUGAGAUAUUUAAAAUUGAAAAUCACACUAAAUUUUCCCUUCUUUUUCACUCCUGUAACUUAUUAAAAUAAACAUUAUAGAAGAUUUCAGGGACUUUCGGCCCUCAGUAAUAAUGUAAUAUUUUAUUCUGCGUUUAAAUUUUUUAAAAAUACUUAUUAGUUUUCUCAGGAUUCGAAAAAAAUCGAAUGCAUUUAAAAUUAAAAUUUCUUCGAAAUAGAGAUAACUUUUGCUAUUAUGUAUUUAAAUUAUUUAUUUGGCAUUACCCUUUGUCAUUUUUGUGGGUCCAUCAUUUAAUCGUUUACAAAAUUAUGUACAAGAUUAACUAAGUUUUUAGGCAUAAUCUAUUUCACGUCUAAAUGCGCCAAGGUGACGCAAUUUUGUUUGAACAUCAUACACUUGUUAUCGCUUAGUUUUGUGAAUAGUAAAUGAUAGAAUAGUAUAUAAUUUAUUUUAAUGCAGUUUUCGCCAGUUUUGCUAUUUUAUUCAAAACUAUAAUUGAAUAAACAACCAAGGAAAUCAAAAUAAAAGCCUCAAUAUCGAUUAAUAUCAGUUAAUAUAAGCUCUUCCCCUGACACUGAGUUAAAGCCCUCAUAUCAUCGAUUUGGCGAUCUGCUACAAUGAUUUUAGUAUUUGUUGAGUUUUCUAGGAAUCAUUACAAUUUUUUACUGGUACUGUGUCGUAUGCUAUUGUUAGAUCAAUAUAUAAGACCCGAAUGUAAUGGUUUCUUGAUCAUUUUUUCUUUGAUUUAGUUGGGUUAUAGUAAAAGUAUGAUACGAGACAUGAUCUUCCAAAUCAAAAUCCUGCUUACUCUUUUAUUCACUUGAUUUUUCGUGUGGACGUCAUAGCAUAAAUGUCUUCAUGAUUUUUUCCAAUUGAUAAUACAGCUUUGUCAUCAGUAAAAGUUAGUGUCACAUCUUUUUCCAGGUGAGGGAUAUCAUUUUAAUAUAAAAGAUAAAGUUCACCUUUUGAUACUCUUGUUCAGUUCAUAAGCUUUCAGCCAUAUCCAAUUCGUCUUAACACUUCUUCGUUUGAGAUUUUUGCAUUUGCUUUAAUAUUAUUGGAUUGGAAAUACUUUUUUAUUUAUAAAUAAGGCCUUUAUGCUAUAUUUUAUCAAAGGCUUGCGUUACAUCCAGAAAUUCGACUAAAAAGAUUAUUUUCCCUUUCAGUGAUUUUUCUGUUAGAUUUACUAUUUUAUAAACCUAAUAUAUAGUCGACUCACUUUCUUAUUAACAAUGAAAUAAUUAAGAUAAAAAUUCAAGAGGAAUAUUAUACAAUAUCUAAACAAUGAACAGGACCUCUUCAAAUAUAUCAAGAAAUAUCAAGGUAUUAUAGCCAACAUACGGCUCAAGGACUUGAACAAAAAAGAAUAAAAAUACGUUAGGAAGUUUUGAGUGAAAAGUACUGAGAAGCAUUUACGGAGCGAAGAAUGGCCAUAGGAAAUGGAGAAGGCGAUACAAAUUUAAACUGUGUAGAAAAUCAGAAUCGUGUAAGACAUGUAAUGCGGAUGGAGCAAAAUGUCAUAGUAGGAAAAACAUUUCUGGAUUGACUACAUACAGUGUUGUAAAGCCAAAAUAAUAAUGAUUACAGUGGUGAAAUCAGUAUUAGCAUAGUGCCCAGAAGCUACAUUACCCCAGUCGAAAGUACUUUUAGAAACAUUGACUUGAUUGCCUUAGUGAUCAUUCCCAGUUGAAAGUACUCUAUAUAUAUAUAUAUAUAUAUAUAUAUAUAUAUAUAUAUAUAUAUGUUAGUUUGAAGUGUUUCACGGAUGGAGUAAUAUGUUGAACAAUUAUUCCGGGAA